AUGGCAGCCAUACGACAAUCGUUCUUCCAGUACAUUGACCAAAAUUUCGGACACGACACUGUACACACCAUGAAAAUAUUUGCGACAAAUAAUAAGAAGCUAGCUAAUUUGGAAAACCGUAAAUCGUUCCUCAUAAAGUGCAGACGACAAGGCGUAUUUCCCGCGCACAUUGUGAACUCAUUCAAGUGCGUGCAUGAGCUUCUGGCGGAAAAUGGUCCGUACAUCAACAAGAUUGACAGAGCCAUAAAUAGAUUCAAAAAGUCUAUUCUGAAUCUAGAAAUCAAGCAAACGUUCUAUAAAAUAAGGAAAACCCGAAAUCGAAUGAACGAAAUGAGAACCUGCAUCCGCUCCAGGACCAGUGAGAGUAUUGUGGAGGAAUUUGUUCAUACACAACAAGAAGCAUACAGUAACUGGUACAGCAGGAAGGAUAUGACAACAUCGAAGAAAUUCGCGCGUAUCAUUCAGAUACCAAACAACGACAAGGAAACACCUUCGUUCAAUGAGAAAGCAAUCCUUAAUGCAACCACGUUAACGAUCCCUGCAAACAUCGAACACCUUCUUAGUCUUGGUCCAAAUUUUGCGUUACCCACUACAUCGUUGACCCAAGUUCCAUUUUACCAUCUUCUAGCAGACACGGAACGAAUUCUGAUGACCAGUACUGAUAGAAAGAUACAAGACAGGAACCGAUGCAAAAUAGUGAAUGUAACACAAAAUUUCAUUCAUGGUUUUCAUUCGAUGGUCGAGACUCGAGACAGUACAACAAAAUUCUGCGUGACGUCGACAGAAAUAGCCAGGAAGUAUCUUAGCACACAUCCUGAAAUAUGUGUACUGUCCGCGGACAAAGGCAAUCGGACUGUUAUCAUGGUGAGGGAGGACUACAAUCAGAAAAUGCGAACGUUAGUGAAUGAUACUACCACGUACAAGAAAGUGCGAUACGACCCCACAACACGAUUCCAGAUCGGGAAUAACAACAUAGUCAAACGUCUUAAAGACCUGAAGCUCAUUGACUAUAAGACGGCAAAGGAACUGAGCUCAAACAAUGCGAUAUGUCCUAGGAUCUAUGGCCAGCCAAAAGCACACAAGACAGAACUACCACUUCGCCCUGUCAUUCCCAACAUAACAGCUCCAACAUACAAGUUAGCUAAGUUUGUCGCCAAUUUACUGCAAGCCUCACUCCACAGCCCAUACAGCUCAUUUGAAUUCUGCAAGCAGGUGAACAACAUGAGUCUCCCAGAGAACCACAUAAUGAUUUCCCUUGACGUCACAUCAUUGUUCACGAACGUACCGCGACAUCUGGUCAUUCGAAACAUAAUACACCGGUGGAAUGAAAUCCACACCCAAAUCAAUCUAGAUCUAUUCCUAGAAAUAGUGGAGUUUUUGUAUGGAGGCCAGCUAUUUCUGUUCGAGGACAGUACCACAAGCAAACGUAUGGAACAGCAAUGGCAGCCCACUUUCGCCUAUCAUCGCGGCGGAUAUCGUAUUAGAUUCAGUCAUCAGCAAAGCUAUGAGUUCUCUACCUUUCGAGACUACUAUUUUCAAAAAUACGUAGAUGACAUCUUUAUGACGAUUCCACGGGACUCUGGACAACUGAUCCUGGAACACUUUCAACAAUAUCGAAACCAAGAUUGCAGUUCACUUGAAAUUGAGGAAAACGGACGACUUCCUUUCUUGGAUAUGACCGUCAUCCGCAAACCAGAUCAAACCCUAACAACGGAAUGGUACGCCAAACAAAUUGCUUCAGGACGAAUGCUGAACUACACGUCGUUUCACCAACCAAAACACAAAAUUAACGUGGCGAAUAAUUUCAUACACAGAGUGUGUUCGCUCACAAACAACAAAUCCAUAGCAGAGAUCACCAAAAUAAUUCAUAGCCAUCUUCAGAGCAAUAACUACCCCAAGCAACUAAUAAACCGGCUAUUACAUCUGUACACCAGCAAAACACAAGAACCCGAACCACCAGCAGUUACACAAAGCCAACCAUCAUGUCAGCAUCCCACCCAACCAGCCAUAAUGCCAGCCCAUCCCACCCCACACAAUCAGCAAACACCGCCACCAGAUCAACAAAAUCAAGGAAACAUCAUCCCUGCAGUUCAAAACAUCUCCAUCCAGUCCAUCGCAACCUGA